AUGAAUGCCGCGCAACCUAGUGAAGGCCGUAGCUACAUACAAUAUGGUGUGUUGGCUCUGUCCCUGGCUAGCUUGUUAAAGAAAUCCCUAUCUCCUUCCAAAGAGCCAAUAAAUGCCUUGAACUGUGCCCAAGACGAGGAGAAGAACAUUACAAGCACUACUUUUUCUCAACGUGUUGCCCGUCGUAUUAUAAGUAGCGCUUUAGAGAAGAGAAGUUUGAAAGUUGGGGAUUUGAAGAAAAGCCAAGAGAGGCUAGAAUACGAAUCCUCUUUAAAGGUUCUGCCGCAGGAAAAUGAAACCUUUGUCGAACAUACGCCGCCCAGCGUUCAGAGCAUCAAUAUAACGUCAACUAGUCAUGCCAACGGUAUUCCCGAGUACUUCUUGGAGGAAGCGCCCACACUGGAAGCCUUGGCGUACAAGAACUCCAAAAAAGCGCCUAAACUAUUGAUACCUGGAUGGAGAGCAGGGACGCCUCUUGCUCUCGAGUACUAUUUGAGUACCAAUUCCUCCUACGACAGAGCUGAUUUUAGUCCGCAAGACUCGUCGGCUUGGAGAGGCUCUCUUGAUAGCCUGGAUUUAGAUGAACCACAAACUAUCAGCGAAAACUUCAAAUUCCGGGUGCCUGAAGGGUUCGGAAACGACUUCGUGUACUUGCAUCUCUACUUGAUGACAAGCUGCGAGGGCUCGGAGGAGGUGGGUUACACUAACUGCGAAUAUGUUAGUAAAAACACCAUUCCCUUAAGCUACAAACUUACAAAGACCGAAAAAGCAGCCAAAAAAAACCUUCUCGCUUCAAAAAAAAAGACGCGCGAGGAUAACAUCGGUUACGAGCUUUCUUAUAUGGACGACGUUCCUUUCUGGCACCCUGAAAUCACAAUAUAUUUAGGAAAGCCGUUCGGGAUAGUUGAGGCAGACAGUGUGCCCAAGGCUAUGAAGAGCUUAAUUUCUGUGGACGAAGGCACGAAGAGAGAUAAUUUAACCGGCCUCGCGCAGCGGUAUUCCCCCCCUGUACUCUACAAUAACUUCUGGCAAAUGGCCCACGAGAUGAUAGAAAUAAAUACAACUACUAGGGAACUUCCUAUCAAUCUGAGGCUCGAAAUUCCCCCUGCAUGGAAGUUCAGGGUGUACAGUACGGCCUUGCAUAACUUGAGAGAACUCGCAAUGUUUGGGGGCGCUUCGAAGGCAAAUUCGUCCGUCUUCACUUUAGAUCAUUACAAGUUAGUUUGGCUAGGGACGAAAACAUCUGUCUUGGCUCUGACCGUGAUUGCGACCGUACUGCAUUCGGCCCUAGGCGUACUGGCGUUGAAAAGCGAUACCGCCCACUGGCAAAAAAGAGAAAACCAUAUUGGAGUUUCCGUGAGAGGCCUUUUCGCAAAUAUUUUGAUGCAGGCAUUAGUCAUGUUAUACCUUCUCGACAACUUUGAGGGAACAUCGAGCACUGUUUUCGUCUCUCAAGUGGUCGGAUUUUUGAUAGAGUGCUGGAAAGUGUCGACGAUUCUCAAAAUCCAAAUAGUAGCAAGCCGAGAAGAGGCCUCGUUGAAUGCGGACACAGAAGUCGUGAUGAUGCCCUUGGCAAGAGGGAAGCGGCUCGCGAUCAGCAACAAACAUUUGCUGAAUGAAGAGGAGAAGAAAACACGGGAGUAUGACGCGACGGCGUUCAGGAUUUUGCUGAAAGUUUUCGUGCCGCUGAUCCUGGGCUACGCCGGAUUCAGUCUGGUGUACGGGGAGCACAAGUCUUGGUACUCCUUUUUUGUGAGAGUUAUGGUGGGCAUCGUCUACACCUAUGGCUUCCUGAUCCAGUUGCCGGCAGUCUACAUCAACUACAAGUUAAAGUCCGUGGCGCACAUGUCGAAAAGGGCGUUCGCUUACAAGGUCGUGAACACCUUUAUCGACGACUUGUUCGCAUUCGUGGCCAAGAUGCCCUGGCUACACAAGAUUGCCACGUUCAGGGACGACGUGGUUUUUUUCAUAUACCUGUACCAGUUCUGGGCGUACAGAGUGGACUACGCGAGAACGAACGAGUUUGGCGAGCCCGCGGCGGCGCCGGGGAGCGAGAAGGCUGAAAAGCAAGAGUAA